AUGCAAAUCCUAAGAAGCAAAGAAACUGAAGAUGCAGAAGAAGAAGAAGAUGAUGAUGAUGAUGAUGAUGAUGAUGAUGAUGAUGAUGCUGAUGAUGAUGAUGAUGAUGAUGAUGAUGAUGAUGAUAUGAUAAUGAAGGAGAAGAAGGAGAAGAAGAAGAGGAAAAAGAAAGAAACCAAAAUUCGAACUUGUGUCAAUGCCUGUGGUUUCCACAGCAAAAAGUCUUUGCCCUUUAAUGCAAAAUUUUUCUUUUUAUUUAUUUUUGUCAUCCUCUUUCUUUCUGGAACCAUGGAUUAUAAUAACAAAUCAUCAACGAGCUUCAUGAUUAACAGAAAAAGAAAAUUAAUGUAACA